GCCGCCGCCGCCGCCGCCGCUGCUGCUGCCGCUGCGUGGCAGGUUUGUCACCUACUCCAGAGAGAAUCAGAACAAUGUCCUACGUUUUUGUAAACGACUCCUCCCAGACAAAUGUGCCGCUGCUGCAGGCUUGCAUUGAUGGAGAUUUUAACUAUUCCAAACGACUGUUAGAGAGCGGUUUCGACCCAAAUAUUCGUGACAGCCGAGGCCGAACUGGCCUUCACCUUGCUGCAGCCAGAGGAAAUGUAGACAUCUCUCAACUCUUGCAUAAAUUUGGUGCUGACCUACUAGCCACUGAUUACCAAGGUAACACAGCCCUUCACCUGUGUGGGCAUGUGGAUACCAUCCAGUUCCUAGUUUCUAAUGGACUUAAAAUUGAUAUUUGCAAUCACCAAGGUGCAACACCACUUGUUCUUGCAAAACGAAGGGGUGUGAAUAAAGAUGUGAUUAGACUGCUGGAAUCUUUAGAGGAGCAAGAGGUGAAAGGAUUUAACAGAGGAGCUCACUCAAAGCUGGAAACGAUGCAAACUGCUGAAAGCGAAAGUGCGAUGGAAAGCCAUUCCCUCCUUAAUCCAAACCUACAGCAAGGUGAAGGAGUUCUUUCCAGUUUCCGCACGACAUGGCAAGAGUUUGUGGAAGACCUGGGCUUCUGGAGGGUGCUGCUCCUCAUCAUUGUCAUUGCUCUUCUGUCACUUGGAAUAGCAUACUAUGUUAGUGGGGUGCUUCCCUUUGUAGAAAACCAGCCUGAACUGGUGCACUGAAGCAAAUGCAAAGAAGUGCACUGUGCUUUUCCCUGUUCUAAUCUUAUUUUGAGCUUCUUGGAAUUAUUCUCUUGGUGCAGGCAGUGGCAGCUGUAUAUACUGUUUGCCUUUUGUACUUCAUCUUAACCCCUUUGAAAGAGGGAUUAAUUCAUUUCAAGUAAAACACUAAAUUCUAAAGCAUUCCUAAGCUACCUCUGACUUACCUUGACUUGCAAGCAAGAUGUGAAGAUAAUCCUCUCUGUUGAUAAAAUAUUAUGAUUAGAAAAGGCCUUUCAUAAUGAAUAUUACAUUCCUGGGCAUGAAAAAGUAUAUCCUAGUACAGAACCAAAUUUGGUUUAUUUUCCCUGUGAAGAGAGGUAAAUCUAUUGUUGGAUUUUUUUGUGUGUGCUUCAGUUGAAAGAAAAAUAUUCUUUUAAAAGUCCUCCUCAAGAAAUCUGAAUAAUAUAAUAACGCAUUCUGAUAUAUAGACAGUAAUAAGCUGCAACUUCAUAGUUCUUUUAAUGCCUCCCCAUAGUAUCAUAUCUGCUAGUUUAUAAAAAGAAUGAGAAAUAGUUCAGGUUUUACUGUCUUUAAUGUACAGAUCACUCCUUUAUUUAUUAGGUUAAUGUAGUGUUUCUUCUCCAGAUGAAUUUAAUGUUCUUAAUACCUGCCUGAAGUAAAUUUUGUAGAACAAAGCUGUUUGUUGUGCUUUGGAAGUAAAGUUGUUUCAGCCUUAGGCUGAAAAUUUUGCCUUUUUGUUGAAAUGUUACUAAGCAAACCUUUCUUUGUGAGGGUGGUUAAAAAGUGAUCUAGGUGUUCUGCUCUGUAUAUAAUAAUUCUGUAAGGUGAAAUUUACCUUUGUGAAAAGUCUUUGUGAAAUAUGUCAUGAAGGAUAACUUUUUCUUCCUCCCACAAGGACCAGACUGAACCAUGUAAUUGUAUUGUUUUCAUGUUUGUGGAGAGGACUUGAUUGAAUAGAAUUCCUUUCUAGAAUUGUUUUCCAUUUCAGUUGUUUUCAGACAGCACUUACAGGCUUAUGAAUUUUUUUCUGAGUAUGCAGAAUAAAAGUAUUUAAAAUGUUAAUAUUUAGGAACAUUGUAUGAAAUGAAAUCUUGACCCAUUCUGUACUUAGCUGUGAAAUCCUUUGUUUGUAAGUAACCUAGGGAUACGAAUCAGUUAGAUACUCUUUUAUGAAGGCUAGAAAGGUACUACAUAGUAAGUUGGAGGUUUUCAAAGAAAGCAGAUUCUCGCUUCCCAUGCUGAUUAGACAUCUAACUCUCUUUGUUGCCAUUGCCUUGAAAAUCCCAAACAAAAUGAAUUCUGCAAACCUAAUGAAUCUUUCUGUUUAGCCACUCCUAAAUUGUUGCUAAAUAACAUCAAACAUUUAUAAAAUUGUAAAUUACAAUAAGUAUUGAUAGAAGUAACCUACAUCUCUCUGUUCUGCUACCAUGUAUAUUUUUCUUUCUUGUUUAUGGGUUUGAGUGAAGAGGGUUGUUGUCUUUGUUUUGAUGUGUGACAUGGGCUUCACUGAGCUGGGCCCCGUUCUAAAUUGCAUCUGAAUAAUUCUUAUUCUCAUUUCUGAAGUUAGAGGUUAAUGAAAUUAUACUUUUCUAGCAGCCGCAAUGCCACAGAAAGGAAAGCCUCUUAAAAAAACCCAAAACAAUACAAAAAAACAGAGCAUACUCCUCUUGUGAAUAUUUCAAUUAUUGUGCAUCUGUUCAUGAACAGAGAAAUAUAAACUCAUAGUAUACCUAAAUUACAUUUACUUCUCUAAAUAAGUACAUUUCUGUUAAUAAUACUCUGUAUCUUGAAUAAUCAUGUUGUCUUUCAGUAUGUAUUAGCUGCAUAAUUUGUAAUUGUAUUCUCAGUAUGGGUGAAUGCCACAAAUAAAUAUA